CCGCCCUUGUUAGUGUGUGUUUGUAUUGUCUGUGCGAGCAGGCAUGUCUCUGAAACUGCUAAUUGCUGGCUUUCUUUUUGUCGCGGCUUUUAUCUACUGGAGCCCUGGCUUGUUGCUCAAUGUGUCGCCGCUGCUGUUGGCGGUGGCUUUCAGCUGGUGGCUGCUAGAUGCUCGGGCCACCGACAGGAUCAGGGAUGAGCUGAACCACAGCUUGGAUCCCGGGGAUCAGGGAUUGCCCGAGAGAAGUGUGGAGCUGGCGGAAGUAAACCAACCUCGUGAUCACGUGGAUGCAGUCGAUGGGAGAGUGCAGAAUUCAGUGGUGCUUGAUCCAGCCCUUCGACAGGCCCUCGGGAAAGUGUUUGAAUGCAGUUACUCACAGUUCAUCUUGUUAUGGUACAACCCACCUGAGCCCCGAGCUGAUCAGCCACUCUACCAGGCCCUGCUCCAUGAGUUUAACUCGGCUGUAGAUCAUGCAGUCUCAAAGAUUGUGAAUCUGGACCUCACCAGAAUAGAAAUCGAAUUGAUUCGAAGACUUACCAAUCAUUUGCGUACUGCCAAGAAGAGAAAGGAGAGAGAGAAGAUGUUCCAAACUCGACAAGAAGAGGUGUCUUUUCUGAGGGAGGCUGCAGAAACCCUGAUAGGCAAUCUCCUUCCGGACUCAUUAUGGAACUUAAAUGCUUACCAACAAUUACUGAAGGAAGUUGUUGCACUGAAAGUUUUAGAGGAGGUGAUAAACACGGUCUGUGAUGUGGAUUUUAUCAAUCAGACAUUGAUCAAAUUUUUGGAUAAAGAUUCAAAUGAAACUAAAGAAGUUGAAGACAUUAAAAAUCCUUCCUCAAAAACGGGACCAGAAAAUGAAAUCAAAAAUUGUAGUAUUCCUGAGGUAAACAAGAAAAAGAAAUCAAGCAAAAAAGCAUUGGAACGAGUACAAAAGUUCUUGAAAUUAUUUAAGAGAGUCAAAAAGAAGAGUACUGAAACCAGGUCAUCAUUUGGCUACACAGAUGAAGUUGAUGGACAGUCUUGUUCUGAACUUGAAGAUGUUGACCAGAACUUUAGAUCGUUUCUUGCAGAUGUGUCCGAAUUGGAAGACGGUAUUGACGAUUCUGCUGAAGAAGAGGAUUUCAAAUUUCAUGAUGAGAUGCUUGAAUGGCUGAAAGAAAACAGCCUUAUUCCUGCUGAAAAUGAAGAAACAUCACUAAGAAACUGCAAGAUCACUCUUUCAACGGUACUUUGGGAUGAAAUAAAGAAUCCAACUUGUAUAAUAGACAUAGAAAAUCUGGAAGUCACAGAGGAAUGCUGGUCUGUUCAGAGAAAAUACCAUGAAUUUGAGAACCUUCAGAAAGAGCUCAGUAAGACAUUCAAUUCUUUGGUUGAAACAAGGCUCCCGUCAAUCAAACCUGACAUAACUGACAGCAAAUUCAAGGAAGACAUUGAAUGUCAAUUAAAUGGGUUUUUAAAGAAGCUGGUAUCUGAAGAGUCCAUUUUGCAGAAUGAGAGUACACGCAAAUUCUUCUCAGCCAGUGAUCAGCUUCGAGAGUACUGGGGCCUCUUAAAAUCUCUGUUCAACGAGGAUGAUGAGGUAAUUUGUACAGCAAGUGAUACUUCAGAAGGCCCAUGUGACACUGAUGUGGAUGAAGAUGGGCCUUUGGAAACAGAGGUUCCAGAAAACGCAGAGAUGCCAAACCGAGACUCUGCAGAAUCACUACCUUCUGAAAUGUUUGGUGAAAACUCUGAAGCAGAUUGUGGCUUCAGAUGUAUGCUGGGAACUUCUAAAAAGAAAGUUGCAGGUGGAACCCGGAUUUACCGCAGACAGAUGAUAAAUAGACUAUGUCAGAAAAAGGUUCAACGCAUGACAGAACAGACAAGAUGCCUCACAGACCAGCUUCAGGAGCUCUUGGAAGAAUUGCUUUGUACAGAGGAUUACUGUUCGAACAAACUAUUUGUUAUAACUGUGCUAAGUCUUCUGCUGACAUACAAGAGGAAAUUUUUUGAGAAAAAGCUGGACCAGUUCUUCAGUAAGGAACAAAUAGUUCUGUAUGUGGACUGUCUAAGAGAGACACUAUGGCCUAAUGGAAAGCCUGCAGAACCACGUCGAGAAAGAUCCCCUGAAGAGAAAACCCAUACUAAAAAUAGAGCUGAGAAAUUACUACAAGAGAAAGUUUCAGAUUUUAAAUAUUCUGUUCUUCGUGGUAAAAAAAUUGUGGAACGUUUGUUCCCCAUAUUUCAAGAUGUGGAAUCUAAUAAGACACUUGUAUAUAACGUGCUGAAGUUUCUGUUGUCUGAAAUCGCAGCUGGCAAUAAAGGACCCUUGGUAACCUGAUGUGAUGUCUUGUUUGAGAAGAAUAAUCGACAAUGUGUUAAAUGAUAAACCGCUAUGACAGCAACCAAAUUGGAAAAGAAAAUUGCCUUGGAACAAAUGAUGAUAUUCAUAAACAAUUAAAAAUGUUAGGAGGGCGCUGUUCAAAAUGCUGUUCUGCAGACUACGAAGAUUCCCUGAACUCAUUGACCACUUGACAAUGGAGUGACAAUGAAAUAUUUUAUAGAUGUUUUUAAUCAGUCUGUUCAGAAAUGUUAUUAUACAGGUCUGGAGCAGGUGGGACCCAAGCCCAGGUCUCCUUACUCAGGGUACGGACACUACACAUGGCCCAUGAAAUGCUUUACAAGCUUGUGGGAGUGGCGGUGCUUAUUCAUCGAUUUUUGUGCCAGAUAUUGAAACAUGCAUCUUCCAGGUUCUUUAAAUAUUUCAGGAUUAGUGACAAUAUGUGACUCAUAUAUUGACAGACAAUCUGCAAUACUUUAAACGUAGAGUUUACACAAGAGGUUGAGUUCUUUCCAAGGGGUGUUUUCAAGCCAGUCAGCAUCCUGAACCAUUCCUUUCCACCAUGUGUACAAAGAAUAUUGGGUCCCCCUGAUUUUUACUCCAUAGAAUUUUAUUUUCAGUGCAGUGUAAAUGUCUCUCCCUGGAGACUUCCAAUAUCACUGUGCCUUUGACCAAACUUGUAAAUCAGAAUGUAAUUCCCAUUGAUUUCCUUUCGGUAUUUUAAAUAUGUUGUUUCUGUUUUUCUGAGACAUUUUAAUCUUUUACAAGCACUGUAUUAAUGUAUAUUUUUGUGAACAGAUUUGCAAUCCUCAGUUUAUUUUUAAAAUUCAACAAGAAUUGUCUCGAAUUCAAUUCCUGUGGAUGAUGUAUGAGGAGUUCCAUGUUUAGACCUAAGGGGUCUCAAAAUGAUAAAAAGACAACAUUUGAAUGUAUAUCAUAUUCAGAACAAAAUAAAUGAACUAACAGCAUUGAUAGGGGUAGUAGAUAUGAUCACAUAGCCACAAUGGAGAUAUGAUUAUGCUGGGAGGUAAACCGGGAACUAAAUAUUGAGGGGCGUGUGACUUUUUGAAAGAAAAGACAGGGAGGUGUAGGUGAUGGGAUGGCUUUGUUUGAAUGGGAUGGAAUAAAUAUGACAUCAAGAAAUGAUCUUGCACAGAAAGAUACAGAAUCAAUGGAUGAGUGGAGGUAAUAGACAACGAGAGUAAGAAAACAUUAGUGGGAGUAAUCUAUAGGUCCACAAACAGUAGCUUUACUGCAAGACACAAUAAAUCCGGAUAUAGCAAGGGUUUGUAUAAAGUGCGAACAUUGUGCAUUAAUCACAAAAAGCCAGCAUCCAAGUUCAGCAGGGGCUUAGGAAGGCAAAUGGAAUGUUAGCCUUUAUUUCAAAUGGAAUGGAGUACAAAAUAGGGAGGUUACUCAAACUAUACAAGGCAUCAGUUCGACCACCCAUAGAAUAUUGUGAACAGUUUGGCCCCUAUAUCUAAGGAAAGAUAUACUGGCAUUAGAGGCAGUGCUGAGAAGGUUCACGAGCUUAAUUAUCAGGUAUGGAGGGAUUUUCUCGAGAGCUCGAGUAGUUUGGGCCUGUACCCAUUGCAGUUUAGAAGAGAGAGAAGCAACCUCAUAUAAUCAGGUUAUAAGGCUCCUUAGGGGCCUUGACAGGGUAAAUGUGGAAAAGUUGGCUUCCCUAGUAUAAGACCAGAGGGCAUAAUCUCAAAGUAAGGGAUUGCCCAUUUAAGACAGAGCUGAGGAGGUAUUUCUUAUAGGGUGGUGAAUCUAUGGAAUUCUUUACUGCAGAAGGCUGCUGAGGCUGGGAUAGACAGAUUUUUAAUCAGUAAGGGAAUCAAGAGGAAAAUGCAGAAAAGUGGAGUUGAGAAUUAGUAGAAACAGACAUGGUUGGAAAGGCUCAGCCAGUUUGGCAGCAUCUGUGAAGAGAAAGCAGACCUUACGUUUCUGGUACGGUUUUUAUCGAGGAUUAUUAGGUUAGCCAUGAUCUCAUUGAACAGUGGAGCAGACUCAAUGGGCUGAAAGGCCUACUUCUGUUCUUGUACCUUUUUUGGUCUAAAUGGUAUAUUUCAAGUGAAUUAACAUUUUAGGACAGAUGUGCUUAUCUGCUAUAUAUUGUCAGCCCUGGAAAUUGCAUGCUGUCUGCAGGCCAAAGCCUUUAUCAAACUUCCGGAAUUUUGAAACAAACACAGAAUACUGAAAAACUCAACACAUGGAAAAAUCUGUCAGAUCUGCUGAGUUUUCUGUGUUUGUUUCAGAUUUCCAGGAGCUGCAGUAUUUUCCUUUAAUUCAGAUACUUUGAAUUUAUUGGCUGUACAUUUAUGUGUAAUGUUUUAAAUUUGAACUUGUAAGUGGACUUUUCAAAUGUAUUCCUUAGCCUACUUUAAAUUUCAGUUUCAUUCAAUGAUAAUGUCGUGUCUCUGGUUCUGAAGCCUGUGGAUUCAUACCUCAGUCCAUGGAUUUAAGCACAUAAUCUGUCUUGGUGCUACUGCAGCUACUUUGGGAGUGCUGCAGAGUCAGAGGUGCUGUCUGUUGGGUUGAAUGUUGAACUGAGAUCCUAUCUAAGAUAACAAAGUGUGAGGCUGGAUGGACACAGCAGGCCAAGCAGCAUCUCAGGAGCACAAAAGCUGACGUUGUGCUCCUGAGAUGCUGGUUGGCCUGCUGUGUUCAUCUAGCUUCACACUUUGUUAUCUUGGAUUCUCCAGCAUCUGCAGUUCCCAUUUUAUCUGCGAUCCUAUCUGCUGUCUUAGGUUCGGUGACACAUUUGAAAAAGAGCAGAAUGCUGCCUGGGCAAUAAUUAUCCUUCAACCAGCAACACAGCAAACAGCUGACAAGAAUAUUAACUUAGCACUAUGCAUUCCCCUCAGCUGGGAAUACAUUUCAAAAUUAAUUAACUGGUUGUAAAGCACACACAGAUGUCCUGAGGACCUGAAAGGUGCUGUGUAAAUACAAGUUAUUUGUUUCAAUUGAAUCAUAUGCUGAGCGACCAAAUUUUAAUUGAAUACAUUGGGUCUAGAAAUGUCAACUUUGUUAUUGCAUUGCUACAUUCACCGAAUAUAUAUGUAAAUAAAUUGUUGUAAAUUGUAUUCUUAAACAAAAGAUUUAUUUUUUUAUUUAUGGUUUGUGAAAUGAAGGCAUUGCUGGCUGGGUCGGCAUUUACUGCCUACCCCUAGAUGCCCUUGAGAAGGCAGUCGUGAGCUGUCGUCUUGAACUGCUGCAGUCCUCCUGUGAUUCAUUACCUUGUAAUUAAUUGAUUUCGCGUUAACACUGAGUUGUUCACAAAUAAGCGGUCAUUGUAAACCUACUAGUAAAGCUCAGUAAAGUGUUUCGUUUCUUAUGGAAUACAUGUAUUACUGCUGGGCCAGUAUUUAUUACCCGUCUCUUGUUGCCCUCAAGACGGUGCUAGUGAGCUCCCUUCUUGGGCUGCUGCAGUUUAUUUUCUGUAGGAACACCCACAUGCUGUUGUGGAGGGAUUUCCAAGACUUUGACCCGGAUUUCCAAGAUUUUGACCCAGAUUUUUUGACUGUGAUGGUGCAACCGAUUAUAUUCCCAAGUUUGCAUGAUUGGCAAGAUGUAACAAGUGGUGUGCCACAGGGAUUAGUGCUGGUGCUGCAACUUGUACAAAUCACUUCGAUGAAGAGACCAAGGUUAUGAUGCUAAAUUUGCUGAUGGUACCAAGACAGAAAGCUGUUCAAAUCAGCCAGAAGCAGAAACCAGAAAAAUUCUGAGAACGAUCCUGACACAUGACCAACACUCUAAGGAGGCUGUAAAGCAUCUAUUGUUGAAAAUGAAACACUGUUCCUCCAGCUGGCAUUGGACUUCAGUUGAACCAGGCCUAGGACAGAAAUGGAGACAGCAAAUGCUGGAAG